AAGUGCAUGCGCUCUCCCUCCUUCCCGUUCCGAUGCCCAAUAAGGCGUCGCUUUGAGUACCACGUUAGAAAAGCUCUGCUUCUUGACGGCGCCCCUCCCUCUCUUCUUCCCAACCUCCGCCUUCGGCUGUGACAAGUGGUGGCCACCAACGUGGAGAGCGGAAGCUGCUGUGCUCUUCUUCGAACGGACUGCGCCGAGGCAGGAGAAGGGAAGGCGCGCGGGCGGCGACGGUUUGAGCUUGGACCUUCUGCUUCCCGCGAGAGAACGGGAGCGGCGGGGACCAGACGAACGUAAGGCGCACGCGAGGCUGCUGGGUGGCGCCGAGUUCUCACCUGAGGGGAAGUCACCUCUCACCGCCCUUCCUCCCCUCCCCGCAACCACUGAGGGUUUGGGGGUCGCCAACUGCCCUUGCGAGGGAGACGCGCCUGGUCAGUCCGUCAGUCAUAACCGGUCUGAACCGGAGUGUGAGGAGGAGCUACCACCGCCACCGUCAUGGCUGAAACCGAGGAGAGGAGCUUAGACGACUUUUUCGCGAAGCGAGACAAAAAGAAACGGAAAGAGAAAAGCAGCCGGGGAAGUGCCACUGCCGCGGCUUCCUCCGCCGCCUGUUCUUCCGCCCCUGCCGCGGGUGGGACUGGGGGAAGCCGGCAAGCAGAAGGGGCCCAUGGAGCCGCCUCUAAUGCUAACCCGGGCACCGGCGCUGCUAAGGCGGCAAACAAGGAAGAGGAUGACUGGAAAGAAUUUGAGCAGGAAGAAAUAAUUGACUACAGUGGUCUCAGAGUUCAGUCCAUGCAAAUUAGUGAAAAAGACGAAGAAGAAAGUGAAAAAAGAGAAGAACCAAGGGAUAAUAGUGAAGAACCAGGUGGAAGUAUGGAGAAAUCAUCUGGGCCUUGGAAUAGGUCUGUUCCUACACAAAUACCUGUUGCUGAAAUUAUUGAAAAUCCAGAGCCAGUGCAAUCCAGUGGAGUAUAUAGGCCACCUGGUGCAAGAGAGGGCAGGACACGAAAAAUGCCACAAGGACCCCCAGAGAUCUAUAGUGAUACACAAUUUCCAUCAUUGCAGUCCACUGCCAAGCAAGUAGAUACUAGAAAGGAUAAAGAAAUGGAGAAGAGCUUUGAAGUAGUAAAACACAAAAAUAGAGGUAGGGAUGAGGUUUCAAAAUCCCAGGCAACUAAACUUCAGCUAGACAACCAAUAUGCUGUGCUUGGGGAUCAGUAAAGCUGCACACAUAUUACAAUUAAGGAAUGGUUAUUUGAUACCCUUCCACUCUUAAGGUAACUAAACCACACCAAUUAUGAACAUGCCGUCUUGUUUCUGCUGGAUCUACUGCAACAAGUGCAGACUACUUUGACGUAAGUGAUCGCUUUUCUGCACUUUGGAAAUAUACUUAAUUUGGUACACCUGGCUUUCUUCUUUGGAUUAUGAGGGAAAUUAAUGUAAAUGGUUGAACAAGAGUUCCCAGUGUUUUGAUUGCUCUGCAGCCAGUGGUUAUUUCAAAUUUUUUUAUGUUCAGAUACUGAGCCUUCGUAAGGGUUGACUACCUCAGACUUGCUGCACUCAUUGUGGAUACCAUGUGGAUCACAACUUCUGGAAAAGGUUACAACUCUUUGGUGGCCAUCUGAAACUCGAAACCAGCUCUACUGGAUUCCUCUAAGAAAUCCUGCAGAAGUCAGCCAUCUGAGUUGAUAAUAUAAAAGACAAAUUUAAGUGACCUUAAAUGAGCAGUUUGUCCUGUGCCCCAUUUAUUAUAUCCUUUCAUAUGUAGCCAUAAUUUACUAGGAACCUCUAAUGCACACAGAUUUUUCUUUUAAAUAUGCAGCAUAGUGUUGAGUUUACUUCUUUUAAUUUAGUUACCAGAAAAUAAAUACACAUCCUGAUAGAAAAUUUAUGGACACUAGUCUGUAUAUUAACUGGCUUCAUCUGUGUAAACUCUUCAUUUGAGAAAUAGCUCUCCAGGCUUGAGAAAUUGCAAUAUAGUCAAAUAGCUGCAUGGAAUAUGCAACUAUAUAUUCUUUUCUUUUUCUUUAAUGGAUCUCAAACAGCUAGGUUUUCUUUGAAUCAGUGGUCAAUAAAUGUUUGCUCCUGUAAUAUCUGGGGCUUAUUUUUUGAUGAGUUCAUGCUGAGUAUUUAGCCUUAGCAAUCUGUUGGGAAGCAUCAGCUAUUGCUCACACAAACCAUUAUAUUUGCAGGAUGGAAGUAUUUAUAUGUAUAGUGAAAAAUGUCCAUUGUUGUGGUUUCUUACUGUUUGAAAUUUGGAUAUAUUUUGGAAAUAAGAUGUUGCAUUUAUGGCAUUUUUUCCUCCUGCUGCCCAAAGAUUAAUGACAACUUCAGUUAAAAAUCAGUCUCCUGACCAGCUAUAUAACCAUUUAUUUGGACAAAUAUUAAUAUAAUAGUAUUUGAAUACUAGUUUGUGCUAUAUUGUGCUAUAUGACAUUGACUAUGAAUAGAAUUCGAACCAGCUCCCAAAGAAGUUCUUACUUCCUGGCUUAAAAAAUCUUACUUUAUUUUUCUUCCAAUCUGAAUCUGACCUGGCCACUGCUGAUAUGUCUUUUCAAAUGUCUGGCCGUUUUCUGGAGUCUUGAGCCACGAUUAAGACAUCACAAAUGUAUUGCUUGUGAGGUAGACAUGUACUUUAUAAAUAUGACUUUGCAACUAAGGACUGGUUAGGAUAUGAAAUCAUUGCUUUAAAUGAAGAACAAACUGCUUAGAAUAAUGUUUUAUUCCUAUUAAGAAUUGUGAGAUAUAUUCUUCUAAGUAGUUGUGUUUUAUACAGAUGCGGAACCAGGCCACCAGAUGCUCAGAUCACUGGAAGUAAACUUACAGCUGACACCAUUGAGUUGUGUAUCUUUCCUGAAAGUUGUCUAUUUGCCAACAAAGCCUUUGCAGGGUAUUAAAGCUGAAGAACUAAGAUUAUGUGAAACUUACAAUUUUAAAUUCCAGCUUUGACAUUUUAUUAAAAUUGUUACACAUGAAUCAAGUUUUAAUAUACUGUAUGAUAGGGUAGAUGAAGCUGUCCUUUGUAUUCACUUGAGUUCUUGGGCAUAGUUGGCAGAGCAAGUUAACAUUGUAACAUUAAUAAAUAUAAUAGAAAUGUACAUGACUUCUGGAGUCUAAUGAAUAUAUACAUGUUCUGAUGCCGUGCAUCACUUCAAUGUGGCAAAUACAUGAUCGUGGUGUUGAAACUUAAGGCUGCAGUCUUAUGCAUGUUGCAAGAAAAAAAAAGUUCCACUGAAUUCAUUCACAGAUAUGCAUUGAAUUGGCUAUUGCGAAGUAUUGGUGGCAUAUAAGUAACUUGAAAUGUGUGGUCAUUGUCUACCUCACUCUGUGUAUGUCACUGCUAGCAAAACCACCGAGUAAUAUAAAGUGGCAAAAAAAAGUAUUGUUUGUUGUUUUGGAGGAAGCAACAUGCUAAAGUUGACAGCUAUCUGUAGUGAAGCAGAAACUUUCACAUGCUGAUUCCAAUUUGAUGCUUUUCAUAAACCCCGCAUUCUGGCAUCUGGGAUACUUUUUAUUAGUGAACAUGCUUUCAUUGAAAUAUUACACCACUGAAUUAAAGUCAAUGAAAUCUUUUUAAAAAGACAAAAUGGAGCUCUAGUGAUCAAAGUACAUAUUUUAUAUUGUUGAAUUGUUCCUUGAGAUUGUCCUUUUUUGAGAGCUCGCACACAUAUAGGUGGUUUAUGAUCUUUCAUGCACUCUGAAGUUUCUGCAUCUUAUUCUAUCCUAACAACUGUCAUAUAAUAUAUACUUGUUACACAAUUGCUUUCGCGCUUGUGAUCCAUGGGCACAAGAACUGAUUAUAAAGAAACAAACUGAGGUGAUCUGAAUGCAAAUGAGUAUCCUUUAGUCCAGACAUUGGGUUGUGAGCUGAUUAAAAUAAAAUAAAAAAGAUAGCCUGAAGAAAAUAGUUCCAGUUUUUAGCAGUCUGUCUCUGAGAGGUUACAAGGUACCUCUGAAAUCACAUCUAGCCUACUAGAAUUCAUUCUGAAUUUGUAUUUAGGUUAGUUGCCUAUUCUAUGAAUGCACAGAAAAACUGAAAUACCUCUGGAAGACCAUGUACAUAUUUUUUAAUUUGGCUAUAACAUUUUAGCUGCAUAACUGAGUGAUUGACACUUUUUAAAUAAGAACAGUCCAUGUUCAAAUAUUAACUAUACUUUAGCAAGCUUUUAACUGUCAACUUCAGACAAAGGAAUCUAAGGGGCAGAUUAACUGCAUUUACACAAAUAGUUAAUCCGUCAUUUUGAUAAUACAGUAUAGCACAGAAUAUAGGAUAAUUUUAUUUGUAGAACUGCUUUUUUCUGCUCCUGCCAGAGCAUUUAUACAUCUUGGUAUUUUGUACUGGUGGUAAAAAGAUUCCUGAGAAUUACUGUUCAUUCAGUAGAAGCAUUAGGACUUCCCAAGAGCAUUUUCUGAGGCUUCCAUACAAAUUCUAAAAUGUAUAAUUCAAGCCAUAUGCAGAUGUGGCUUUAACAGCAAUGCCUAUAUCCAGUGGGGGUUCAUAAUCACACCAUGCUAUUUAGCUGAUGUGCCUGUUCAGUGUAUUUUGGCAGACACAUUUGAAUAGGGACCAAGAGGUAUGAAGUUCAGCCUACAUAGGUCCAAUCAGCACAACUGUCCCAUCGAGAACUUGGGGUCUUGAGCUAUAUAGUCUCAUAUUCAAAUCCAGGGUGUUGGCAUCAGAUGGGCUGUGACCUUAACCCUAUUUUCAGUCAUGGUGUACAGUUAAAAACUCUGUAGAGAGCAUAUCUUUUAUAUGCUCAUUUCAAUGUAUUUGACUUCUGUAGGACCUGUAUGUAAACAUGUUUUAUGCAGAGGCCUUAAACUCCUGUUAUGGAAAUGGAUAUUCAUAUUUUGACAGUGUGGAAUACUGAAAUUACAGAAGCUUAGUUUCAAACAAUCCAAUUGUUUUUGAAUAAAUUGCCUAAGCCAAAUCAACUAUGGAGGGAACUGAACUGAUUGCUUUCAAAAGCUGUUUUUAGACAAAAUAGGGUAAUAUCAACCUACAAAAUGUACACUGUUUUAAAGGGACUUAUCCUUUGUCCACUUCUCAAAAAGAAGCAAAUUUAUAGUAAGUGCUAUUUAUUUAUUUAUUUAUUUGAAUCAUGCACUGCUCUUUUGCUCUACUGGGCAUUCAGAGCAGCUAACAAAAUUUUGUUUAAAAGAAGAAUUAAAAAUGCAAAUUAAAAUUAGCAUUAAAAAAUCAUUAACAAUGAAGAACUUGAUGAAAUAAAUGCAUCCUUACAGAUAUUAUAAACAAAACAAGAGAGGGAUAAAUGCACAUACAAGAAGUGUGUGUACCAAAAGUUGGGAGCAAGGCAGGAAAAAGCCCUCUUGCAUUACCAAAGGAUACAUCUCUGGCAGUGGGGCAUCUUUAAAAGGGCUUCUCCCGAUCUUAACAAGCAGAUGAGUUUGUAAUGAGAGACAGAGACCCUAAGCCAUUUGGGACUUUAAGAAUUAAUGGCAACACCUUAAAUUGUGCCUGGCAAGCAACUGGCAACCAGUGCAGAUCUUUGAGUACCAGCACUGUAUGAACUUUGCAUCUUGCAUCAUUUGGCAACCUGCCUGCUGUGUUUUGCACCAACUGGAACUUUUGGACACUUCAAGGGCAGCUCACAGUGUGUGUUGCAAUAGUCACAACAGGAUGUAAUCAAGGCAUGGGUAACUUGUAAAAAAUCUAACCAACACUGGAAGGGAUGCAGGUGUCACAGGAAACAUAACUCUGCAAAGGUGCUCCUCACCAUUUGCUAAUCCAGUGGGAUCUAGGGAUCAAAGCAGCACUUCCUCACUACAAACCUGCUUUUUUCACUGGGACUGCAACCUUGUCAAAAACAGCAUGUAUCUCAAUCCCAGAAUCCAGAUCCCCUUUUUUUUACCAACAGUAACAUUUAUCCAUUACCAAACUUAGGCAACAUUCAAAGUUACCAAAUGCGUCCUUGGAAUUGGAUGGUAAGGAGCAGUAGAACUGAGUAUCAUCAGCAUAGCAAUGAUACUUGACACCAGAGUUCUAGAAAAAACUCCCCUAUCAAAUUCAUGUAGAGUAGGGAAACAAAAUUGGAUACAAGUCAGGAUGAUAGGAACAAAAAUCAGUAUUGCCAUCUGGACAUGAUCCAACAGGAAAAACUGGAAUCAUGUAAAACAAUACCAAGCCUCAAUCCUGUCAGGCAGUCCAGAAGGUGGUUUUAUUACCUUAUCCUGGCCAAAAGCCCAGUGAAAAUGGAUCCAUAAAAUCAUCAUAAUUCAGAUGCAUCUAAGGCCAUUGGUCACCUUAAUUGCCUUCUUUGGACUGGGGGAAUAUAGGAAGAUAAUAAUUUCCCCUUGCAUGGCUCAUCCUGGCCAUUUAAAUCAGCCAAGAAAAGCAGAGGUUGCGUAAUCAGGUGGUAGCUAUCAUCACUCCACACCUGUGCACAUCCUUGAAAUCUACAUGCUGAAAAGAAUCCAAAAUGGUUGUCACGGUCACAUCCCUAGCAUCUGCCCCAGUUCUGCAGUCCAAGCUGGGACAGAAUUCAUUAAUUGUAAAGUACAAUGUAAUUUACAACCAACUGUUCUACUCCCUCCAUCCUUCUAGCAUCAUGGUGGAGGACUAGCUAUACAAUAUGGAUGAGCAACAGCAGCCUGUUUCUGGGUGGAGACAGAAAAAUAAGCAACCUAGUUGCCUGCACUAUUGCAGAGUAAGAGUUCAGAUGGGUCUCACUCUGUAUAUGGUCUGACUCAUUCCAAGAAUUACUUCAUAUCCCAUUCACUUCAUCACUUAAUAAAUCAAGAGGAUGGCUUGGCUCCAAAGGAGGGAUGAAAAUGCUUAACAGCAAUAGUAUCAACUGCCCAGGGAGUCUCCCACUCAUGUUUAAAAACUAUUACAUCCUGGAAUUUAGUCUAGUCAUAAAUAUUCCUAUAAGUCAAUGUGGCCAUAUAUUGAUUCAUUUGCACAUACAGUACUAAAGUUCUAGUGAGGUUAUAAUACUGAAUAGUUCCUAAUAGAUCUGCAAUGAGGUACAAAUAAAAAGGUGAAGUGAGAAGUUUCUGUGGAGACAAAUAGAAGAAUCUGCUUUGGCAUAGUUGCUUGCUAUGAACAAAUACAACUCGCUUAUAAAAGUGCUUUGCACAAAGAUGGUAGAAUUCUGGAUUGUGCCAUUUCAGACAGUAGGCAUUAUGGAUUGCAUUUUGAAUAUUACUGCACAAGCUUCCUACAAGUAGAAAGGUGAUGCAUAAGUGAUAGAGAACUGCAGUAAGUCUAUACUUUGGGAUAUGAAGGAAGCAUUAAAGAUUGAAGGCCUAUUCAAUCUGAAGUGGGAUAGAGUAGAACUCAUCACAUUUAUCCUCUUGGAUGCAUAGAAUGGUUCUUCUUUUAGGAACAAACAAAAAAGAGGAUAAAAUUCUUCAGGUUAUCUGGCCAUAAAUAUGAACUUAUAUGCUAAUUUACUUGACUAUCACAGAUAAAAGGCUGUUAUUAAAAUGCAAAAUCAAUUAGUUUUAACACUUGUUUCACCAAGACAGAAAUAAUAGUGGAUUUCACUGGAAUUACUCAUUUUUACAAAAACAUAAAAACUUGUCAAAUGGCAAAUCCAGGAAUAUGAAGAUGUUUGACACCAUUGCGAAGGAGGAAGCAUUGUCUGUACCAAAUACAGCACAGGAAAUUAGAGGAAUGUUGGUCAUGACCGUUUUCCAAGCUGCAAAGACAAAUACUUCCCUACCUCACAGGGGUGUUGUGAGGCUGACUUCAGCUUUAUAAAAUGUUUUUGAGUUUUCCAAUGAAGGUGCUAUAAAAGUCCAAGGCGUAACUAAAUCAGCUGACAUCUGUCGCAAAAAGAAAAUAUUCAACUUGAUUUUCUUUACAGUAUUUUACUACUGCUAUAGUAAAGUUCUUUACAAGCAUAUAAAUGAUCAUGUAACAAUGGACUUUCCAAAAAGGCAAUGGCUGAGUUUUCAAACUUUAUGCAUCCUUUUUUGGUUCUGUGUGAUUAACUGUGCAGAUAUAAUUAUAUUAACAAGGUUCUUGGGAUUUGCAUGGAUGAGAUGAAUUACCAUUUUUGUAAUCUCCCUGAAUGAAAUAAACUUACAUUCACAGUUUGUUA